AUGGAGCUGCUGGGGCUGGUGGUGCUACAGGAGUUGGAGCUGGAGGUGCUGAAGCUGUUGCUGUUGGAGGUGCUGCUGGAGCUGGAGCUGCUGGAGGUGCUGGAGCUGGUGGUGCUGAGGGAGUUGGAGCUGGAGACCCUGGAGCUGGGGGUACUGCCUGACCAGUCGCAGUCACAGUUACAGCCAGCCUCUCCACUGCCUGGUCCUUCUCCUUACUAUGGGCCGACUAGGGGUCUUACGGAGCGUCGUGAGCUAGAGUCUCGUCCUGCGUCACCUGAGUCUCGUCCUGCGUCGCCUGUUCGCGCUGUCCGCACUGGUCGUCGUGUUCCGCGUCAGCGUCCUCCCCCUGUCCCUGGCACACACCUGAUGGCACUUCGUCCUUCCACUGCUCCGCAGCGUGUCCCUCUGCCGUCUCCUCCUGCGUCCUCUCUUCCUGACGGUCCGGACCCGGAGUCUGACUCCCUUCGUGCUGCUAGUCCUACUGUCACGCGACUCCUGGCCACUGUUGUCACUGACCCUUCGUUUGAGUCCACUGCUGCGUCUGCUCUAGUUGCUGAGCUUGUUAACUUUGCUGCCGCCUGUCGUCUAGACUACGCCGCUAGUCUUGUUGCUGAGUCUGAGUCUGAGUCUGUCUGUCCUCCGUCCGUCGCGGGUGAGUGUGCCCUUAGCACGGACGUCCUUGAGGACAGACAGGAGGAGUUUGAGUGCUUUGCCGCUGCUUUACCUCAUCUCGUGUCCAUGCUGCUUGCACCUGAGGGAGACCCGGAUGCUCCAGACAUCCCGACCGCGCGCUCUUACGCAGAGGCGAUAGAGGGUCCCUACUCCUCUCAGUGGCAGACAGCCAUGGACGCAGAGAUGGCUUCUUGGAAGUCCACAGGCACCUACGUAGACGAGGUUCCCCCACCUGGGGCGAACAUUGUCAGUGGCAUGUGGAUUUUCAGGGUGAAGCGGCCGCCGGGUUCUCCGCCUGUCUUCAAGGCGCGUUACGUUGCACGAGGCUUCAGUCAGCGAGAGGGAGUUGACUUCUUCCAGACCUUCUCCCCUACCCCGAAGAUGACCACUCUUUGGGUUCUGCUGCACGUCGCCGCCCAGCGUGACUACGAGCUUCACUCUCUUGACUUCAGCACUGCUUUCCUACAGGGCAGCCUGCACGAGGAGAUCUGGCUGCGCCGCCCACCUGGCUUCACUGGGUCGUUUCCUGCUGGUACCCAGUGGAGCCUCCGGCGGCCAGUCUACGGUCUCCGCCAGGCGCCCCGCGAGUAG